AUGAAUGGACCUCCGGUGUCAUUCCUAGCGAAGCGAGGAAAAGUUAACCACGUGGGUUUGUGAAAUUGACGCUAAGGGAUUAAAAAGAAAAAGCAGCAAUUUUUGUUAUCAAUGUCUGCAAUUUCUUGGUCAGAAAUAAUUUUUUCUACAAGGAUUACUUUCUAGGAUGUGGUUAUAAAGGAUGUGGUGAAUCGAUGAAAGAAAUAGCUUUAUGUAUGUAACAGAUCCCGAUGACGUUGACGAUGCAAAAUUUAACGACAUCCGUUGAUACGGAAAAACUCCUACGACAAUGGAAUCACGAAAUAUCACGAUCAUUUACGCUAAGUACCGUGGUCCAUUCCGUUUUAUUUACAGUUGGCACGUUUGGAAACCUUUUCAUUAUUUUCAUAUACAACUUCAAGAUGAAAGGAUACAAGGACGAUCGCUACUUCAUUCCUAUUCUAGCUGUGGUGGACAUGUUGGCUUGUGCUUUCUCCACCUGGUUCGCUCUAAAAGUGAACAUCUUCCCGGUCAUGUUUCCGGAUGAUGUACUAUGCAAAUGUCUACUCUAUGUAAAUUACCUAGCAACACAAAGCUCAAUAUUUCUGUUAGUAGUGAUUUCCAUACAACGUUUUCUGAAAAUCUGUCGACCAUUCCAAAAACAAAUGACCCUGUAUUGGAAAAGAUUUUCAUUAGUUACCAUUUCGUUAGUGACUACCAUUAUUCUUAUACCGGAACUAAUAUUUUACGGCAGAGUUCCAGUAAAGAGUGCCAAGUACAAUGUGACUGGGUACAUCUGUGGUCCAAUACGACAACCAGAAAGCAUGGCCACUGGACUGAUCAGUUUUACUGCGGCCGCUAUGUCUGUAUCUGUUAUAAGCAUUGCUGUUAUAGUGAUCAUAUACCUCUAUAUACUUAAACAUCUCAUAAGACAAACUAGAGUCCGGAAGUUGAAUCACUGUAGAAGUUUUUCGCGGUCUGAGGCAUCGGAUGUUCCGGUUCCGGGUGAGGACAAAGAUCAAAGUGAAUCCCCUCCAACGAAACGACAGGAAAUUAAUGGCAACCGCGAAAAAGACAAGGAAGUGAAACUACCAAAUUAUAAUAGUCUUCAAGUUCCGACUGACGUGCCAAAAUUAAAACGGUCUUCAGGAUCCAAAAUUAAACUGUCUACUCGACGACUAACGUUCAUGUUUAUGACUAUAUCUUUGACUAAUGUUGUGUCUAAUAUUCCUACAAUAGUCUAUGUGAUACUUUGCGUGAACGACCCUGAAGCAUGGUUCCGUAACCCUUAUGGUUUCCUACAACAGCUGUUUCAGUUCAUGCGUGCCAUGCGGGUUGUAAACCAUGCCAUGAACCCGUUCCUGUAUGGACUAUUUGACGGGCGUUUCCGUGACGAAAUCCGGAAGCUGUGUUGUAACACUAUCAGUAAAAUUGACCUGUGAAUUCCCGUGAAGAAGAUUGUGCUUUAUCAAGAGAUGAAAUUAUAUAAGUCUCUCACGAGUCAUUAACUUAUACGAGAAACACGUGUGUUAGCAACCAGUCCCAGAAUGAUUACCUCACGUAAAUGUAAGAGAUUCUACAUUCUGAAACUAAAUUUAUGAUAUGCUGAUUGCAAGAAACUUUAAAGGGUUCAAAUGACACUUCAUAAAAGUUGUAUAGCUGAUUUUUUUAUGAUUUGUGUUUAUUUUGAGUAUUAAAAUGAAUUAUUUCAGAA